CGCGCUAUAUAAAUAUGGCGACCCUGCCGCCGCUUUCCCUACCAUACUGGACCAGGCCGCCCCCGUACGCCACUGCUUCCUCGAACCCCCAUAAAUUGAGUGCAGCGUUCGCGCUUCCUUCCAUUAGUAUCUGCUAUCCCAGGAUGUCCCAAUCGCCCAUGAAGGAUGAGAAGGAGAGCGGGCUCUGCGAACCACCAUUCCUGCCUUCGCCGUCGCAUUCCCUCAAGCCGCUGGCAGACUAUUCGUCUGACGAUGACACGCUGCUCUACCCUGACUCAGACAAGGAGUCGGGGACCAACAUGGAGGAGGCCGAUUCGAGCGCUGUAUCCGAGGUUGAGGCGGCGAAUCCUGGUGCUUGGUUGAACAACGGCUACUGGCGGGUGAAGCAGCCUCGUACUUGUCCGCAAGACGAAUCACAUAUUCCCGGAAGCUCUGGACGUCAGGAACAGGAUGAUGAGCGCAGGUCACAAAACUUACUGCUUCUGAGGCAGACCGUCUCUUUGUAUGACAGCGACGAUGGCGAGUCUGAGAUAGACACUGAAGACGCCGACUACUCCGCCAUCGAGAGAGAUUCUACUGCGUCCUCCACCAGUCCCCAUGAAUACCGAUGCGGCCCAUAUUAUGGCUCCUCGACCCAUACAUCCCGUAAAACACCAUCUGCGCCAGCGCCAUACUCUCUGUCGCUUCCCGUCAGGUCGAGGCGUAGCUCGAGCGCACGUAACUCACAGGUCCACAUCACCCAACAAGAGUUCGACGAGAUGCUCACCAAGUUCGCCGCGAGCCGCUCGCUUGAGUGUCCACUUGGGUGCGGGUACAGCCAGAGGGAGACGCGCGUGCCGGAUAUGCGGCGGCACCUGAACACGCACCGGGCAAGUGAGAGCUACGCGAAGUGGGUGUGCUGCGGGGUGCCGCUGAAGGACGCGUUCCUCUAUGAUGUGUGCAAUCCGGACGACUGGUAUAUGUUCAGGGACACGAAGAUGGUAGGCGGCUGUAUGAAGAGCUUUAGCCGCAGGGACGCACUGGUGAGGCAUGUGCAUAACUCGAGGGCGGGUUGUGUUGCGGAGCCUGAUCUGCUGCAUCUACUCGGAAAUUGAAGUUGAAACGGGCCCGCGCGCUGCUCACACACUUCGUUUGCAUUAACAACCAUCAUGUUUCUUGUACAUUGUUAAACCGUCACUAUUCAUGCCUGGACACUACUACCAGUGGAUGGAUUACAGACCUGCUUCGAUGACCGCUAUAACAAACAGAUCAUCUUCACUUCGGGCAUCCUUAUCAUGUUAUAUUACUCACAUAUGUUCAAUAUAUGUAUACAGCCG